AUGUUCUGGUGGUGUCGUUUGGAUUCGUUUGUCUCUUUACAGCAUACGGGGGACUACAGAGCCUGCAGUCUGAAUGCUGAGCAGGGGCUGGGCGUGGCGUCUCUAAGUGUGAUCUACGGAUCCCUCCUCUUGUCGGCCAUCUUGCUUCCUCCGCUGCUCAUCAAGACACUGGGCUGCAAGUGGACCAUCGUGGCCUCCAUGGCCUGCUACCUCACCUACUCCUUUGGAAACCUCUACUCAGGCUGGGAGAGCCUGAUUCCCACCUCUGCAGUGCUGGGCCUCGCUGGCGGCCCCUUGUGGUCAGCUAAGUGCACCUACCUCACCCUGAGCGCCCAGCGGCAGGCCCAGGAGGAAGAGGGACAGGCUCAGGAUCUCCUCAGUCAGUACUUUGGAAUCUUCUUUGCCAUGUUCCAGUCCUCCGCCAUAUGGGGGAACCUGCUCUCUUCACUCAUCUUCAGCCAGGACACACACGUAGCUGACAUCUCAGAGGAGGCGUUGCAGUAUUGUGGGGUCGGUCUGUGUGCUGAUGAGUUAAUCCAAUCAGGGAACGCCACUCGGCCAGAGCAGAAACUGGUCUACACACUCAUGGGCUGCUACAUCGGUAUGGGUCUGGUUGCUAUGGCGUCAGUGGCCAUUUUCCUGGAUAAUAUUGAUGGGGACGUGGCUAAGGAGUUCCGUGGGAGUGGCCAGUCGCUGUGUAGCACUGCCAUGGCAACCGUGCGACUGCUGAGCGACCGCAAGCUGCAGCUGCUCGUUCCCAUGACGAUCUACAGCGGCUUGGAGCAGAGCUUUCUCUGGGCUGAGUUUACCAAAAACUACGUCACCUGUGCUCUGGGUAUCCACGUCAUUGGGUUCAGUAUGAUCUGCUUUGGAGCAUGCAACUCUGUCUCCUCAUUCCUCUGCGGGAAGAUAGCACCACUCACAGGCAGAAUGGUCAUGUUUGGCCUGGCUGCUCUGACCAACUUCUGUUGCAUCAUGGGACUGCUGUUCUGGCGUCCGCACCCCGACCACUUUGCCGUGUUCUUCCUGGUAGCAGGGCUCUGGGGGAUGGCGGACGGCAUUUUGCAGACACAGAUCAAUGCUACGUAUGGAGUUCUCUUCCCCGACCACAAGGAGGCAGCAUUCGCCAACAUCCGGCUAUGGGAGUCAGCGGGCUUCCUGCUGGCCUUUGGCUACAGCUCGCACCUGUGCCUCUCCACCAAGACCUACCUGCUGCUGUCCGCCCUGGGCCUCUCCCUGCUCACCUACCCUCUGCUGGAGCUCCUGGUCAGGAGAGGAAGAAUCGGCUGUUGCAGACCUCCACAGCAGCAGGGGGAGCAGUCCGCAGUACAUGGCACAGGAGAUGCAGUUCACAUGAACAGCAGUCUGUGAAGCAAAUUGUGGGCCCUGUGUACAAUCAGCUCCAAUGGACCCCCCAGCCAUAACUCUACAUGAAUCGGACUGUGUGUGGGCCCCCUAUAUACUGUACAUGGGGCCCUGGUGUCUCAUUCACACUUGACCCCACAGUACGACACCCCUGCUGUAAAGCAUGGAGGAAAUACAGUAUCUCCUGCCCAUGACUGAAUAAAGUGUGUGAACUGUGCGAACACUUCACUUUGCCAUCUGAGGACGGCAGUCUCAUCAAGAACAUUGGUGGAGGAGUCACAGGGCACCCUAGUACCAUAAAUGGGCAGUCAUGUGAACAUAGUGGAGAAGUUGCAGUGCAUCUUAUGAGAGGGUGAGAAACUGGAAAAAGAUGACAGCAUGUACACACAGACAAAGGAUAACACACGCGCACGUACACACACACCAGUAUGUCCCACUUUUGCCAUAUGUAUGUGUAUGUGAUCACCUGUUUCAACCUUUGAUUACAAAUAAAAAGUCCCCCCAUCAGAGUA